ACGUAGAUAGAAACAUUUGAGGAAUAAAGUUGUUUAGUAAAACACACGUCGUUCGUAACAUACGCUCACCACAGCUGCUGGCGCUGGCGUGUGUUAGAAUCGCAGCAAGUGAAUGAUAGCUUUGAGCGCACUAUUAACCAAAUACACGAUCGGUAUUAUGAGCAAUUUAAGCAAUGGAAAUCAACAGCAGAAUCAGCCUCAACAACAGCAGCAGCAAGCACAGAAUCAGAAUCCAAAUGCUAAUGGUCAGCCCCACGAAGCGGGUGCGGUUGCGAUAAUUGAACCAAUUGCUGGAGCAGGUGCUGGGCUCGGAGUUGUCAUCGGAGGUGGUGGGGGCAUCGGUGCAGCGGCGCAGCGACAACGCCAAAUGCUGCAACAACCACAACACCAUCAACAAAAUCCCGCAGCAGAGGGCAGCGCCUUAGACCGUGGCAGUUGCCUGCUGCGCUAUGCCAGUCAAAAUUCCCUGGACGAAAGCUCGCAAAAGCACAUCCAGCGACCCAAUGGCAAGGAGCGAGGAACCGUGGGUCAAUAUAACAAUGAACAGCACACCAUUCGCUCCUUUGACGCCAUGAACGAGAUGCGCAAGCAAAAACAACUGUGUGAUGUUAUCCUUGUGGCUGAUGAUGUGGAAAUACAUGCUCAUCGCAUGGUCCUGGCGUCCUGCAGUCCUUACUUCUAUGCCAUGUUCACCAGCUUCGAGGAAUCUCGUCAGGCACGCAUCACGCUUCAGAGCGUCGAUGCGCGCGCCUUGGAGCUGCUCAUUGACUAUGUGUACACCGCCACUGUAGAGGUCAACGAAGAGAAUGUGCAGGUCCUGCUGACGGCGGCAAAUCUACUCCAGUUGACAGAUGUGCGCGACGCUUGUUGCGAUUUCCUGCAAACACAACUGGACGCCAGCAAUUGUCUGGGAAUACGCGAAUUCGCCGACCUACAUGGCUGUGUAGAGUUACUUAAUUAUGCCGAGACGUACAUCGAACAGCAUUUUAACGAGGUUAUUCAGUUUGAGGAAUUCCUUAAUUUGACACAUGAUCAGGUUAUAAAUCUAAUAGCAAACGAUCGAAUUUCGGUGCCAAAUGAGGAGCGUGUAUAUGAGUGCGUCAUUGCCUGGCUGCGUUACGAUGUACCCAUGCGAGAGCCGUACACUUCGGCCCUUAUGGAGCAUGUGCGCCUGCCCUUCCUUUCUAAGGAGUUCAUUACACAGCGUGUGGACAAAGAACUGCUGCUGGAGGGAAACAUUGUGUGCAAGAAUUUGAUAAUCGAGGCUCUCACGUAUCACCUGCUCCCGACAGAGACAAAAUCAGCGCGCACUGUGCCGCGCAAACCGGUGGGUAUGCCCAAAAUACUGCUCGUUAUUGGUGGACAAGCACCGAAGGCGAUACGCUCCGUAGAGUGGUAUGAUUUGCGAGAGGAGCGUUGGCAGCAGGCGGCCGAAAUGCCCAACCGUCGCUGUCGCAGUGGGUUAUCCGUGUUAGGCGACAAGGUGUACGCCGUGGGUGGCUUCAAUGGAUCCCUGCGCGUCCGUACAGUCGAUGUUUAUGAUCCAGCGACGGAUCAGUGGGCCACUUGUAGCCACAUGGAGGCGCGUCGCUCAACACUGGGUGUCGCCGUGCUUAAUGGCUGCAUUUAUGCAGUUGGUGGUUUCGACGGCACUACGGGACUAUCGAGUGCCGAGGUGUACGAUCCCAAGACAGACAUUUGGCGUUACAUUGCCUCGAUGUCAACGCGUCGCAGUUCCGUAGGCGUUGGCGUAGUGCAUGGUCUUCUCUAUGCCGUGGGCGGUUACGAUGGAUUCUCUCGACAAUGCCUGUCUUCUGUGGAGCGGUACAAUCCAGAGCUGGAUACAUGGUCGCCGGUGGCAGAGAUGAGCUCACGUCGCAGUGGCGCCGGAGUCGGUGUACUGCACAAUAUUUUAUAUGCAGUAGGUGGCCAUGAUGGUCCUAUGGUGCGCAAAUCUGUGGAGGCCUACGAUUGUGAGACGAACACAUGGCGCUCGGUGGCAGAUAUGUCUUAUUGCAGGCGCAAUGCGGGUGUGGUGGCGCACGAUGGACUGCUCUAUGUGGUGGGCGGCGAUGAUGGUACCUCAAAUUUGGCUUCUGUGGAGGUGUAUUGCCCCGAUUCGGACAGCUGGCGCAUUUUACCCGCCAUGAUGACCAUUGGACGCAGCUAUGCGGGCGUCUGUAUGAUAGAUAAGCCCAUGUGAAUGGAAGAGCAGGGUGCAUUGGCACGUCAAGCGGGCUUACUGGCCACUGGUAUGUUGGAUGAUGAAAACAGCCAAGCUGAGGGCACGAUGGAGGGCGCUGUGGGUGGGGCAAUUUAUGGCAACAUUGCAGCAGCUCAACAGCCUAUUCUUCAGCAGCAGCAGCAGCAGCAACAGCAACAAAAUCAUCCGCACUAUGAGAACAUCUAUGCACCAAUUGGUCAGCCAAAUAAUAUCUAUAGCAACAACAACAACAACAAUGUUGUUGCAGCCGCUAAUGUCAAUGCCCCUGCAAAUGCAAUGGAGGAGGCACAGCAAGCACGUGAACCGCAGCAACAGCAACAACAACUACAACCGGCAACAGCACAACAGCAACAAGCGUCAAAUGAAUCCAAUUCCAAUAAUAACAACCAACAACAGCAGCAGCAGCAGCAGCAACAACAACAGCCACAACGGUUGCUGCCCAUGAACAAUUAUCGGAAUGAUUUGUACGAUCGCUCAACAGCUGGAAGUGUAGGAGUGGGCGCUAGUGGGGCUUACGAUGUGCCACGUUCAGUGCGCGCCGGCUUGGGCUAUCGUCGAAACUUUCGCAUAGACAUGCAGAAUGGUAAUCGUUAUGGAAAUGGACUGCGUUGUGCACCACUCUAUGCCAGCAAUCGCGGAAAUUGUCAGCGCCAGCGCAGCUUCGACGACACCGAGUCCACGGAUGGCUACAAUUGGCCCUACGUGGCAGGUGGCACAAUGCGUUACGAGAAUAUAUACGAGCAGAUACGCGAUGAGCCACUUUAUCGCAGCCUGGCUGCAGGUGCCCACGGCAGCAGCAGUGCCACGGCUGGCACUAAUCGCAUGCCGCUCUACACACGUCUAGAUGUGCUGGGUCAUGGCAUUGGGCGAAUAGAGCGUCACUUGAGCUCCUCAUGCGGCAACAUCGAUCAUUAUAAUUUGGGCGGACACUACGCAGUGCUGGGCCAUUCACAUUUUGGCACUGUCGGACACAUACGGCUCAACGCCGGCAAUGCCGGGAGCACAGCGAGCUCCGCUGGGGCCACCUGCAAUGUUCCCACUUGUCAGGGCUAUGCCAGCGGAACGGGCUGCACGGCCGGCAUGGAUUAUGCCAAUGCCAAGGUGCCGGUAAAAAACAGCGCUUCGAGCUUCUUCAGCUGUCUGCAUGGCGAAAACUCGCAGAGCAUGACAAAUAUUUUUAAGACAACGGGCGCUGCACCCAACAACACAUCCUCGCCACUAUCGCCGAAUGUAUCCAUGGAGAGGGCUGCUCGUUCCGCCUCUGCUGGCCCUUCAACGGGAACCUCAGUGGAAGAGCAGGUGUGUGCGGUUGUGAACGCGGCCACCGUGAGCGUACCCGCCAAUAGCAAUCGCCCUACGGGCGCCAUACCCAAAAUCAAAUCGAUUACCAAGUCAAAUAAAGAGACUUCAUCCUCAUCAACAUCUGCAGCUGCUGUGGCACCAAAUGUGGUUAGCGAGAAGACCGCUACAGCUGCCAAAAGUGGCACUGUGGCUAAGAAACCCGUGAACCUUUCAGCUGCACGCUCCAAUUCCGCAGCAGAUGGAGGCACACUAAAUCGGAUAUCCAAGUCGAGUUUGCAGUGGCUGUUGGUCAACAAGUGGAUGCCCUUGUGGAUUGGACAAGGACCCGAUUGUAAGCAGGUCAUCGACUUUAACUUCAUGUUCUCGCGUGACUGUGUCAGUUGCGAUACCGCAUCGGUGGCCUCGCAAAUGUCCAAUCCGUAUGGGACGCCACGGCUGAGCGGCUUACCGCAGGACAUGGUACGGUUCCAGGGCGGCUGUGUGCCCUCUUGCGGGGCAUCUACGAUGCGUCGCGAUCAGAAUGCGACGAGGCCGCUGCACAGCACGCUAAGCCGACUGAGGAGUGGUGCAGAGAAGCGCAACAACAACAUCAGCAACAGCAACAGCAACAACUAUCGAUAUGAGGAUCCCUCAUAUGAGAAUGUACAUGUGCAAUGGCAAAAUGGCUUCGAAUUUGGACGCUCGCGUGACGCUGAUCAGGGUUAUCAGGUGCAGCAGGGGCAACAACAACAGCAGCGACCACAACUGCAGCGCGCGCGAUCUGAAAGUCCGACGUUCAGCAACCAGCAGCGACGGAUGCAACGCGCUGCGGCGCAGGCAGCACAACAAGCGCAGUCUCAAAGUUCAAAGCUGGCCGAUCCAUUCAAGGGUUAUGAGCUGAAUGCCGAGAAUAACACAUUUAAACCCAAGCAACCAGCUGCCCUAGACCUAUCUGAUGAGAUGGAGGGCGCUGUCGGCGGUGCCGAAGCGUUGGCUGACUUGGAAUCUGAGCCUGAUGUGUUAAAUUUAAGUGAUACCGAGACUGAAACGACAACGACGUCGACAACAACCGUGGCAGCAGCCAUCAACGGUACCAACAAUGUGACUCAGAGCAGCAGCAACAAUAACAACAAUAGCAACAAUAGCAGCAAUAACAACGCACAGGAGCACAACGAUUAAGACUACCUUGAAGCAACCAAAAACUUGUUGAAGUUUAUUGAUCAAAUUUUUCGAUUAUAUUUUUUAUUUUUAUUUGAUCUUAGCAUUACUAUAAUUAAAUUUAUGUGUUUAUCUA